CGAACCCCGGCCCUCCGUUUCACCAGUGCAGUGCAGCUCACCCAAGUUGAAGUUGAGGUGCUGCUCAGGUCAGGUAUCCACUGACACGCCGACGACCCUCAAAGGCAGACAACCCAGCCGUGAGGUGGAGGGCCGGGCACGUACUCACUGCCUUGGCUGCUGAUGUCCUGCCGCCGCCCCCGACAAAAAUCCUCCCGUCCUUUCCUGUCCGGCCCCCGAGAGCCCCCCCCGGCCAGCCCUGAUCCCGCAAACAGAGCACCUCCUCCACUCCUCCUCACCGUCACCCGUCAUCCAACCCGCAUCUUUUGAUCUUGUCGUUCGUUAUCCCCCUUCCAUCAUCAUCCUUUUCCUCAUCCUCCCCCUCAUCUUGUCUAGCCCUAUCCUCGCCUCGGUCCCGCCCUCGCCUUCCAACGCAUUUCGCAGCAGCCAGCCAACCGAACCAUUUCUUGUUGAGUUUCGCCUCGUCUGAUCUGCGUCGCGAUCUCUUCCCCCCUUAGUUCAACGCGAGCACACGACCGAAACCGCUCGCUCUCGCGGGUUGCGCCGUCUCUUCGGCACGCACGCGAAAGAAGAGUCGGCCCUCUCUUAGCCAUCCUUCGGCUUGCCGUGCCCGCUGCCUGUCGUUCCGAGUACCAGCCAUCGCUGCCGCCGUAGACUCCCGGUUGGGGUCAAACAGUCGCCCGCCCUGGCUACCAGGUUAGAUUCUCGCAAGUCCCUUCUGGGCGCCGAUCCGGGCUUCUCACAUUUCAACUCGCAACACAGUCCGUCCUACGGCCACAGCGGCGAAUACGCCCCAGACUUCUCCCAGAACUAUGGCCAAGCCUACCCACAGCCGGCGCUGAACCAGCCCACGUACAUGCAGCCCGCCUACGCCGAGAACGCGAACCUGAACAACAGCUUCGAUCAGGGCUACGCCCACCGCCAGGGCUUGACCCCUUCGGCCCCAUCGCGGAGCGUUCACCGCGACAGCAUGGGGUUCAUCAAGACGAAGUGGUCCGCCGCCUUCAUGGGCGUCACCACCCUCCAGGCCAUCAUUUGCCUAGUUUUUGAAGCAUAUGUCUUCGCCAAGUUUCAGACCAGCCUCGGAGCGAACAAUGACAGCCUCGAGGUUCAAUCGCAAUAUAAGACAAUCCCGACCUUCCUGACACUCUUUAUUUUCGGCUUCUUGUACGAGCUGGUCGUGGUUUGGGACGCGCUGCGCAUGAAGAACACCAUUCAAGUCAUUGGUGUGAGCAUCGCCAACCUCGCCCUUCUGGUCUACACCGCAAUCCAAAUCGAGCAGAUCCAGCAUGCGAUCGAAAUAUUGGGUGAAAAGAAUGCUCUCAAGCCAGAGAUCCCCUAUAAGAUACUCUGGGGCGACGUAAAGUCUUACCUCAUUGCCAUCCCGGCCAUCAUUGGAUUUGCGACUGUGUGCAUGGCUUUCAUUUCAUGGAAACUCUAUCAGGAAUUUGCCUGGGACAUUUUGAAAAACAUUGGCGCCGACUAUCGCAUGAAGAAGCGUUUCCUUCACUAUCAGAUCUAUAUUGCGCUUCUCAAGUUCGACUUCUUCUUCUUCCUCGGCUUCAUCAUCCAAUUCGUCGUCGUCGUCGCCCAGAAGUCGGACCCCGAAUUCGCCUUGACCAUCGCUACAAUCCCCAUCACUAUCGGCAUCCUCUUGGGUGCAGCAUUCUGUACGCGCAGGGAGAACAAGCCAGGGAUGAUCAUAGUCAUCAUCCUCUACCUGGGCGGCCUGUCCUACUUCGUCUUCAAGCUCGUCCGAAUCUGGCAGCCGUCCCACAAGGAGUCGUACACGGCCGUGCGCAAGUCUCUGACCGCUUUCGCCGUCAUCACCAUCUUACUCAUCAUUCUCACCAUCAUCAACGCCAUCAUCUGCCUGCGCAACUUCGAUAACGGGCUCAAGGCUCAUCUUAUUUCCUCGCGCAAGGUCGAGGAGAAGCCCGACGCACACUCAAUCAGUUUGCACGACGUCAAGCCCCAAAUUCCCAGCCGCAUGACGAUUGAUUAGAUGAGAGGGCGCCUUGAUUGUGCGGGGCACGGUCCAGGCGCCGAGGGCGGCAGUCCGUCCUCGGCGCCAUGUACAAUGACACGAUUUACGACGAAGAAAACGAGAUUCCCCAGGUGCCUUGGCGGGCCGCUCAGACUGGGCUGGCUCGCGACGACGGCCAGGCCGAGGCACAGCUUUAUUUUUUAUCACGGUUGCGGGAAGACGGGGCGGAUGGGAUAGGCGCCAGAGUCAAUAAUCGCUCGUCGCCACGAAGUGCCGACAACGGGUGGACGCGCUGAGCCAGUUCGUCAGUUUUGUUCCACGGGAACCGAGGCGCUGCAUUUUGAAACAAGGGGGGGCGGGCUUUGCGCCUCAGCGCGAGGGGUGCGCGGCCCAGCCUUGGCGGACGACGCGAGGGCUUAGGGGUUACGGGAUAUGCAGCAAGAGCUCGCAUCGCAAGUUGGCUUUCCGCAUGGGGUGGGGGCCCGACUUUGUGUACGCGCCACAGUUUGGUUUGGUUGGGUCGGUGUUUGGAUGAAGACGGUGAGGAUAUACGGAGGCGGAGCAGCGAUGCGGUCUGCGCUGCCUCUACCCUUUUUAACGCUCCUUGUGGACAUAUACAGUUGCGCCGAAGAGAAGCAUUGGACGCCCUUUGUCAGGCUAUCAUGGGAUGGAUAGGUGGGCCUCGCAUGCUCAAAGAUAUUAUGUUACGCUGCAAGACUACGUGAACACAAC